AUGCAUUCAAUACAUCUCACAGAGAUAGACCCACUGACUGAUGCAGCAUAUGUGCUGCUUUCAAAUGUUUAUGCAAAAGGUGGUAGAUUAGAUGGUGUGAGCAGACUAAGAACAAAGCUACAUGAUAUAGGAUUAAGGAAGCAACCACGAUAUAGCCUUAUAGAACAAGAUGUUCUUCAUACGUUUACUUGUGGGGAUUUCUUUGAUCCUCAUGCUACCGAAAUUUAUUCCAUGUUGGAGGAGAUUGAAAGAAGAUUACAGCAACAAGAACUACAACAAACAUCAUCUCACCAUAGUGAGAGGUUGGCUGUUGCUUUUGGGCUUAGAAUCACCCCUGAAAAAUCCCCAAUCCGAAUUGUGAAUAAUCUCCGGAUUUAUGGAGAUUGUAUCUCAAGCCUAUAA